UGACAGACAACUGACAGACAGUGGAGGAACUGAAAGUCCAGCUGACAUCCAAAGUGGAGGAUCUGAGCAAAAUGAAUGAAGCACAAGCAGUGAAACUAAACUCCAUGGAGACUCGUUCUAACAUCACUGAGAGCCACGUUGAAGUUCUGAAGAGAAACAGUCAAGACAGGAAGGUGGCUUUCUCAGCCUCACUAGCAGCACCUGGUCAAGGAGGAGACACUGGACCCUUCAACACCGGAAUCACCCUGGUCUACAGACAUAUCUACUCAAACAUUGGCAAUGCUUAUAACCCUACUACAGGGAUCUUCACAGCACCAGUGAGAGGACUCUACCUCUUCAGGUUUUACAUCUAUGGUGAGGGUGACAGUUCAGCUUCUACAACUGCAGCCUUGCAUAAGAAUGGACAUCAUGUAGCUGUUGCACAUGCUCACCAAGCUACUGGUGGUAUUAACUCCUCUAAUGGAGUGUCUCUGCUGCUGGAGGUAGGAGAUGUGGUCUACAUGCAUCUCUGGGUUGGGGAUAAGAUAUAUGAUAGUGAAUAUCAUCACAGCACCUUCAGUGGUCACCUGCUCUUCACCAUGUAGGAGGGUUAUUGAAGGACUGUAUCAGUGAUCUGUACAGGAAAAUAUUCAGACAUUUGAACAACAUUGUCUUAGCAUUGAAAGGUCUCCAUUUGCUCUCUAAUAGUUCAAACUAAGGCAGUUCUCAAGGAGGAAAGUGACAUUUACAAGAUUUAAAAAUACGUUUCGUAUCCAAGUUUUCAAAAUAGAAAAAUAAUUGUUUUAAAUAUACUCAAAAUGAAAAUAUUAAUGUCAUGUAAAUAUUAUACUGUCCACUAAGACUUCUUUAAUUCAUGUACUUAGAUGUUGACCCCCACCAGUAAAUGUAACACUAGUCAA